AUGGAGACUAGUCAAGGAGAGGAGGAUAAAGAAAUGGAUUCUCACGUGGAAGAAGGGUGUUCUAACGAGACUUUGGCAUUCAUGGAGCUCGCUAUAGAACAGGCGAAAGAUGCUCUCAACUCCCUUGAAGUGCCAGUUGGUUGUGUUAUUGUUGUUGAUGGGAAGGUCAUUGCAUCUGGGAGAAAUCGAACAACGGAGACAAGAAAUGCUACAAGACAUGCAGAGAUGGAAGCAAUUGAUGUUCUUCUUGAGCAAUGGCAGAAAAAUGGACUUUCGACAUCAGAAGUUGCCGAAACAUUUUCAAAAUGCACUUUAUAUGUUACAUGUGAACCAUGUAUAAUGUGUGCUGCAGCUUUGUCAAUCCUUGGUAUUAAAGAAGUAUAUUAUGGAUGUGCAAAUGAUAAAUUUGGAGGGUGUGGAUCGAUAUUGUCAUUGCAUUCAAGCAGCUCUCAACCACUUAAUAGUGGGGAAAUUGCACAGAGGAAGGAUUUCAAAUGUACUGGAGGAGUAAUGGCACAAGAAGCAGUCUCUCUUCUACGAAGUUUCUAUGAACAAGGGAACCCCAAUGCUCCAAAGCCCCACAGGCCACUGAUUGAAAUUUGUGUUACAUUUGAUUUGGUUACAAUGGGAUCAUCAAUGUAUACGGAGUUUGGAUUCUUUGAAUGGAAAUUUGGUUGCAGAGUUCUCUACCUGGUGGAUGUUGCUUCAAUUGAUUUUACUCCAUUUUAUGCAUUUAACCAUGGGAAACAGAAUUUGUUCUGUGAGGGGAUGAUACUGAAAUUUGGCAUAUGUGCCCAAAAUAUCGUGAACAAUCCCACAAAUGCUGUAAAGAAGCUGCUUCAGAAAAAGAGGAACAAUUAUUCAUGUCUGUUUAGUUUUCCAAGAAGUCCUCAUCCACCAACCAUCAGUAAAAUGUCUGAAAGUUCUGCACCUAAUUUUGUAUAUAGUAGAAGGAAGCUAGAAGGAAACUCUACUGACUUUUUACAAGCAAUCACAAAGAGAAGUGGAGAGGAUUGUCCUCAUGUCAUCAAUUCUGAUGGUUCUUCAGUUGCAGUUAAGGAGCACCAUUUAGUUUGUGAAGAUGAGCAUGAAAACGAAGCUGUUAGAGUACCUCUCAUUCCUCCUAUAGUAUGCAAUGGAGCUGAUUCUCCAUGCCCCUUAUGUUUUGGAAGAAGUACUCAACUUAUAACCAUCAGUUCAGUGUCAAAAAGUUCUGCCCUUAAUUUUGCAUAUGGGAGAAGGAAGCUACAAGGAAACUCUGUUCCUUUUUUAUCAGCAAAGGACCUUGCAAUGGCAAAGAGUAGUGGAGAGGAUUGUCUUUCUCUAAUCAAUUCUGAUGGUUCUUCAGCUGCAUGUAAAUGCCUAAUUUCUCAACAGGAGCAUGGAGCUGCCUUUAAGCCUUGUCUUCCAGUAUACAGCAGAGAGGAUUCUCCAUGCCCUUUGAGUUUACAAAAGAGUCAUCAGCUACCAACUGUCAAUACCAUGUCUGAAAGUUCUCAGUGUAAUUUCGUCUACAGAAGAAGCAGGCUGCAAGGAAACUCUGUUACCUUUUUAUCAGCACAGGUCCCUGCAAUGGAAAAGAGAAGCAGAGAAGAUUGUCUUUCUGAAAUCAUUUCUGACCGUCUUUCAGCUGUACAUAAGAAGCAAAGCGUAAUUACUUCACAUGAGUAUGGUGCUGCUGUUAUACUUCCUCCUCCAGUCUUCAACCGAGAGGAUUCCCCAUGCCCAUUAAGCUUAAAAAGAAGUCCUCCGCUACCAACUGCCAGUACAAUGUCCAAAAUUUCUGCAGGUAAUUUCGUAUACAGCAGAAGGAAGCUGCGAGGAAACUCUGUUACCUUUUUGUCAGCACAGGUCUCUGGAAUCACAAAGAGAAGCGGAGAAGAUUGCCUUUCAGUCAUCAGUUCUGAUGGUCCUUUGCUGGCAGUUAAGGAGGCGCGAGCAGUUUCUCUAGAUCAACAUGAAAGUGAAGCCGGUGGAGCUCUUCCCAGGCCUCCUCUAGUAUGCUGUGGAGAGCCCCAUGUUUCGAAAUCAGAUUCUGCCAGUGGAUGUUCUCUUGUUGAAGAUCUGGGUUCGGAUGAAGCUUCAAAAAACAGCAGGCCGAAAAUCAUUGAGGUUGACAGUUUCUCAUCAUCAAGGUCUAAUAUGGAGCUUGUUUCAGUUUCUCCAAAAACUGAAGGAGAUGAUAAUGGUGAGUGCUCUUCAUCCAGUGUAAUGGCAGCAGAGGUCGCAGGGAAAGAUCAGUCAGAAGCAGAUCGGUGUACCUCUAUACUCAAAAGACCACGGGCUUUUGAAGGAGUUUUACCUGGAAGAACCCGUGCUUCUGCCAAAAGAAUUGGCGAUGGUAGUGGUAGCAGCAGUUAUUGGUCAUGCAAAAAAUGUUUUCAUACAGAAGCCCCAGUCAAGUUGCUAAUUUGUGAUAACUGUGAAGAUUCAUUUCAUUUAUCUUGCUGCAAUCCUCGUGUAAAAAGAAUACCAGUUGAUGAGUGGUUAUGUCAUUCAUGUUUGAAGAAGAAACGAACAAUUCCCAAGGAGAAAAUUUCCAGAAAGCCUCUUAAUAUAAUUGGUGACUUGGGCAGACGUAGAAAUGCUUCAUUUGCUGGUGAAUCAAAUCCUAUAACAUUGAUGUUGAGAGAUACUGAGCCAUAUACCGGUAGUGUUCGAGUUGGUAAAGGUUUUCAAGUAGAAGUUCCAGAGUGGCCAGGUCCUAUUAUCAAGUAUGUUGUUUUGCUAAUCCUCUUAAAUUUUGAAUCUGUGAAGCAGAUUUCAUAUGAAGAGAGAGUUGGUACUUUCAUUCUGAAAGGAAAUAAGCCUGAUGCUGAGGGUCUUGGAUUGACAUCCAUGUUUAAUGUGAUGGAAGAACUAGAAGUAGUAAUUGAUAGUUUGUGGAACAGAAAUUGUAGUGAUGUCGACACUGUUGGCGAACCAGUGGUAUUGGAUCCAUCAAACUUUGUCAGUUUGCAGGAAUUGAAAUCCAACAAGCCUUCUAAACUUGGCUCUUUUGGAAACUGGCUUCAGUGUAGAGAGGUUAUAGAUGGUGCAACAGAUGGUGGCAAUGUAACUAUAUGUGGAAAGUGGCGCAGAACAGUUGCAGAGGUGGGUCUGGCACCUUUGAGAGUGCCUGAAACCCAUGAUUCAGACUUCUGGCUCCACUCUUUGAAGUCCAAACUGAUGACUGAGAAUGCUUCUGCUGUGUCUUUUGGGAUUCCAUUCAUGCGGACUGUGCUGCACCUCAGGUGA